GCGCAGACUAGUGGGAUACAUUUUAUUUGGUUUCUUUACCUGAAGAUGAGCGUUUCUGAUUGAUGUCAGACUUUGCUGUCCGGGGUCAAAUAAACUUCACAGUUCCAACCCAGUGUUCCUGUUGAGUUCCAGUCUGUUGUAUCUCUUCGUUGACUUCUGAAAGUGUACUAUUUUGACAUCUAGAUACUUUUGGUCAGCAAGCUUCAACUGGACACAAAAUAAUUGCACAAAUUACAUACUGAAUAACGAAUCUAGUACAUUCUUUCAAAAAGAUUCGUUUUCUCUAUGGAUCGUGGCGCUAAACGGGCUAGAUAUAGUUCAGAAGAGGAGGACAAUGGUAAUAACCAUGAAAAUUCUAGAAAGGAUGACUCGUCGAAAAAUCCAGAUAAAAUUGCCAACAUAUUUGGCAGAACUGGUGGUGCAUAUAUUCCCCCAGCUCGACUUCGUCAAAUGCAGGCCCAGAUUACAGACAAAUCAUCUGAGGCAUAUCAACGAAUUGCUUGGGAAGCACUUAAAAAGUCUAUUCAUGGUUUCAUCAAUAAAGUGAAUGUGUCCAAUAUAUCAGAAGUUGUUAAACAGCUUCUAAUGGAAAAUAUUGUUAGAGGUAGAGGUUUAUUUGCCAAAUCUCUUCUUACUGCACAGUCUGCAUCGCCCACCUUUACUCAUGUUUUCUCUGCUCUUGUUGCUGUUGUAAACUCGAAGUUUCCCAAGAUUGGUGAACUAGUUCUCAAAAGGUUGAUCAAUGAAUUUCGUAAAGCAUUUCGUCGGAAUCAAAAAGAUCGUUGUCUGUCAACUGCACGAUUUUUGGCUCAUUUAGUUAAUCAGAAAGUUGUUCAUGAAUUAAUUAUCCUGGAAUUACUGACUCUUCUACUUGAACAAACAACUGAUGACAGUGUUGAAGUCGCUGUAUCUGUACUGAAAGAAUGCGGUGCUAUGCUUUCACGUCUUGUACCUAAAGGUGUACAUGGAAUUUUUGAACAUCUUCGACGUAUUCUAAAUGAAGGCCAAUGUGAUAAACGCAUUUCUUAUAUGCUAGAAGUUAUGUUUCAG